GCGCAUGGUCUAGAUGCCGAUGUGGCUCCGGAAGCAGUACAUUUUCAGCGUUUCUGCCGGCUUUUCUGCAAACUGACGCAAUGAAUGUUUUUGUUUUGGCAUUGUUUUGUUUCUGUGGCUUCGUCGCGGCAGAUGAAGACGAGAGGCUGCCAAAUAAAUGCGAAGUGUGUAAGUUCCUCACAGUCGAGCUGCAGGACGCUCUGGCGAAAACCGGCCGCUCCAAAGAAGUGCUGGAGGUGGGAGAAGUGCUGGACACAGGGAAGAGGAGGAGGAAGAUCAAAUACAACACCUCGGAAACUCGGCUGACUGAGGCGUUAGACGACAUAUGUGAGCGCAUCCUGCAGUAUAGUGUUCAUGCAGAAAGACCUGGCAGCCUUCGAUAUGCCAAGGGCACCAGUCAGACCAUGGCAACACUGAAGAACCUAGUCCACAAAGGAGUGAAAGUGGAUUUGGGUCUGCCGUACGAGCUGUGGGACGAGCCUUCAGUCGAGGUGUCGGACAUGAAAAAACAGUGUGAGACGAUGCUGGAGAAGUAUGAGGAGGUGGUGGAGGACUGGUACUUCCAUCAUCAGGACCAGAGACUGGAGAACUUCCUCUGUGAGAGCCACGUCCUCCAGAUUUCGGAUCGAGAAUGUCUAAACGAGAUGUGGAAAGGAGACGUGGGCCGAAAAGGAGGGGACAAGGACAAGGCAAGCAACAGUGCAGAGGAAGACGGAGCUGAUGGCAGCACAGAAGAGGAAAGGGAGGGAAAGAAGACGCAUGACGCUUCAGAGCUAUGAGACAAAACGUUUUAGGUUUUUUAAAAGGAGAAAAGCAUAAAACAACACAAAACCUCAGCUUUAGGCUUUUGUUUGGAAACUUCUGUGGACUGAAACUGAACAUUUCCAGCUUCUUAACCGUUGAAAAUGAAUAAUUUGACACAAACCUGAGAUUUGUUGUCGGCACCAUUUCUGGUUUACAUCGACCAUUGUAACUUUGUUCACACUAACAAAAUGUGUCUUAUUUUUUUUAUAAUAAAUGGUGUUUAUCUUUUAUAAACUGUUGCACCUUUUUAAAACGCACUCGUAUAUUGGAGUACUUUCAGUGUUAUAUCAUGUUUACAAUUAUGCCAACAUUAUAUGGUACAUAUAUCUGCCAUUUUGAAAUGCAAUAUGUAUAGUUUUUCAUGUCGAAUAAAAUGUUUUUAAUAGUAAA